AAAUUUAGACCAAAAGAUUCAAUACAACAUUUUAUUUCGCUAUUUAGAUUCUUUUUUCCCACUCUAUAUUCUCUAAAAAAUAUCGGCCGCCUCGCCAGACUAACAUCCAAACAAUAAUCCAUAAUCCACAGAAACUGAGAGAGACCAACUGUUUCUCUCUCUGUUAACUUCCCAUCUUUUAGAUCUCGAAACCCUAGCUUUUUUUUAAAUAGAAGUUUUUUUAUUUCUUAUUAUUCUGUGUAUAUUUUCGGCAUUUAUUUCAAGAUUUUCGCCUCGCUCUUCCAAGAACAACUUCGCCAAUAACCUGAGCUCCAUUUUCCUCUUUUUUUUUUUUUUUUUUUUUUUUUUUUUUUUUUUUCCAAUUUUUGUAGGCAUUUGGUUCAGUUUCUAGCCCUAAUUGAACUCUUUUAUUAUUGUUAUUAUUAUUAUUUUUUUUUGGUUAAUUGACCGAGGGACUAGAAGCGCUCGUUCUGCAUUCUUCCUAUUUUAUGGUAAUUUGAGUUCGAAUCAGUUCUUUCUGAUUCCGAUCCAAGUUAAUACUGAUUUCUCUGGCAUUUCGGAUUCUGGACCGAGCUCUUGGUGGUUUAGAUACCAUCUAGGUCAGAUUUUAUAAUAAAUCAUUAAUGCGUUAACCCCCCCCCCCCCCCCCAAAAUUGGAUUCUGAUUUGGUUUGGUUUUCGUCUUCGUUUCCAGUAGUGGAUUGUUACGAGGAAUUGUUUAGGGUUUGUGAGAUGAUCAUGUUAAUGUAGAGGGUUGACAAGCGAGAGAGAGAGAGAGAGAGAGAGAGAGAGAGAGAGAGAGAGGAGAGGAAUGGAUGACAGAGGUGGGUCAUUUGUCGCUGUCAGGAGAAUAUCUCAAGGUCUCGAACGAGGUAGCAACACCUGCCAAUCGACGUCUGCUGAAGUUGUCGCAGGAUCAGCAGCAUGGCUUGGUCGUGGUCUUUCUUGUGUGUGUGCACAAGGAAGAGAGAGUGAUAUUCGCCCUUCUUUUGAAUUAACCCCUGCUCAGGAGGAGUGCUUGCAUAAGUUACAAAAUCGCAUUGAUGUUUCCUAUGAUAGUUCAAUCCCUGAGCAUCAGGAAGCUUUAAGGGCUUUGUGGAAUGCUGCCUUUCCUGAAGAAGAACUUUGUGGCUUGAUAUCUGAGCAGUGGAAGGAAAUGGGCUGGCAAGGAAAGGAUCCAUCAACAGAUUUUAGGGGUGGUGGUUUUAUAUCACUGGAAAAUUUGUUAUUCUUUGCUAGAAAUUUUCCGAAGUCCUUCCAGGAUCUUCUUCAAAAGAGAGAAGGUGAUCGGUCAGUAUGGGAAUACCCAUUUGCUGUAGCUGGUGUCAACAUCACAUUCAUGCUCAUUCAGAUGCUUGAACUGGAAGCAGUCAUGCCUCGAUCAAUGGUUGGAGCAACUUUCUUGAAGUUUCUCACAGAGAAUGAAUCUGCAUUUGACCUUCUCUACUGCAUCACAUUCAAGCUAAUGGACCAUCAAUGGCUUACAAUGCGCGCAUCAUAUAUGGACUUCAAUACGGUUAUGAAAUCCACGCGUCGUCAGCUUGAAAGAGAGCUUCUGCUUGAUGAUAUAUCACGGCUAGAGGACAUGCCAUCAUAUGGCCUGCUUACAUUAUAGGAUAACGGUUGGACUGUAUUUCUAACAGCAAUAUUUUUUGCCUCCUUUUUCAGGUCAUUGCCCAUGCAUUCUUUUUAUCUCUUCUAUUUAGAUGGUUUUAUGGAUAAAUGGUGUGAGAGUAAUUGAUAUGGAGCAACUAGCCUUGGAUUUUACGGCAGAUUAGGACCGGGGCUAAUUUUUGCAUUUUAAUUAUUUUUUUGGAUA